CCCAGGGCAUCCCCCAUCCGCUACAAGGAAGGUACUGUACCUUGACAAGCACGGCCUCGCACGCUAUAUCCGGCCGUAUUCUCUAUCAAUCCCUACUGUCUGGACCCGUCAGGAAUCCUCUCACUUCCCCAUUUCAUCUAUCGUCGUUGUUGUUGGUGAGAUCGUAAUAUUUUGUUCAUUCUAUUACCUCUUCUUCUCUGUACAUUGCUAGGGCCUUGCCUUAUCUUUACCUGCAUCACCAACUAUCGCAUCCCCUUGACACCUACGAACCCGCAUACUCCGACGGUCAACUACGCCGAAACCCCGAUCCAUGGUAUUCGAUGUCGAACUUGAACUGUAGAACAAGUCUAUCUUGCCCUCGAUAAAUCAUCGUCGAUUAAUUUGGGGGUAUUGGAUUAGAAGGAAGUUACGUUUUGGUCUUCAUAUUGGAACAUCGUCUUGAGCGGCUAUCAUCUUCGAAGUGAGGUGAACAACUCGACUCGACAACCACGAACCAUAAUUUGGGAAAACGACGAUAGUAUUGGAUUGAUCAGACUGGGCUGGAAAUAACUUGCAAGAGUUGGAUCAAUUGCUGCGAAAAUCACAAAGAUUCAGAGUCUUGAUUCUAUGCAUUCCUGAUCUCUUAACGGAGCAGCACCCGAAGAGGUGGAGAUCGGUAUCGCGAAACUCAUCCCGAAGCAUCCCCAUACAGAACAACCCAUGUCGUCGAUUACGGAUAUCAUCGCUCCUGAUAUUUACUCGCCUUAAACUUGAAAAUGCCAGACUACGACGAAGACAUGCUGCCUCCCCCGGCAUCAGGCUCUCAGCAGGAUCGCACUUGGGGUGGUAAUAACGCUUUUCACAACUUCUUCAACGACUUCUCUCACAUCCCCGACCCAAAUCUUCGCCGCCGUCUUGCUUUAUCUGAGAUUGAUAAAGUCCCCUUUGGUGCAUACCACGUCCGAGCCGUAUUAGUGGCAGGUGUUGGUUUCUUCCUUGACUCUUACGAUAUUUUUGCCAUCAACCUCAUCACGAUACUACUUGGAGUUGUCUUUUGGGGUGACCCUAAUCCUCAGAACGGCUUCAGUGGCAAUGAUGGGUACCUACCUGACCGAGUUAACCAGGCUUUCAAAGCCUCUACGAGUGCUGGAAUCGUAGUGGGAAUGAUCGUCUUUGGAUGGCUAGCAGAGUUAGUACCACCUGUCUACACCGACUAACUUGAUCAUAUCUUGGACAUGAAUGUGCUGACAACUCAAAUAGUGGUUUUGGCCGCCGCCGUAUGUAUGGUGUCGAAUUGGGUAUUAUCAUCCUAGCGACGCUUUGCUGCGCUCUCAUCUCCUCUAGCCCUGCAAUGGGAUCGACAGGUCUCCUAAUCUUUUGGCGCAUCAUCAUGGGCAUUGGAAUUGGCGGCGACUACCCGCUCUCAAGUGUCAUUACCUCCGAGUAAGUGUCCUCGCUGUCAUGUUGCCACUCAGACUUUGUGGCUGGGGUUUAGUUCAUACCAAUCGCCCUGAUACGCCCUGAUCAAUUCAAGCUGACUGAGAUUCCGCUAGGUUCGCUCCGACAAGGUGGCGCGGCGCUAUGGUUGCUGCUGUCUUCUCUAUGCAGGGACUUGGACAGCUCGCAGCUGCUAUUGUUGCCCUAAUCACUACUGUUGCUUUCAAGGACGCUUUUAUCGGUGCUGCUGAUGAAAGCCAAUGCGGUUUCGAGUGUCGAUUGGCCGCUGAUCGAGCAUGGCGAAUUAUUGUUGGAGUGGGUGCCAUACCUGCUUGUGCCGCCCUCUAUUACCGUAUCACUAUCCCGGAAACCCCUCGAUAUACCUUUGAUGUUGAGCACGACGUCGAGAAAGCCGAUGCCGACAUUAAAGCAUACGUUGCCAGCAAGUCUAAGGGUUCCUUUGACGUUGUUCAUCAAGUCAGGAGUAAGCGCGUAGCUGGACGUAGCCUUGACGUCCCUCGUGCUUCCUGGUCUGAUCUUAUUUCCUUCUUCCGCCAAUGGGCCAAUUUCAAGAUGCUAUUAGGCACAACCUUGUCCUGGUUCUUUUUGGACCUCGCUUUCUAUGGUCUUGGCCUCAAUAAUACCUUUGUCCUCCAAGCUGUGGGCUACGGUGCUGGCAACUCCCUUUUUGAAAAGCUUCACAACCAAGCUGUCGGAAUGAUCAUUUUGACAUGUGCUGGAUCGCUUCCUGGCUACUGGACUGCCAUUCUUAGCGUCGACACCUUUGGCCGCAAGCCGUUACAGGUUUUCGGGUUUCUUCUGCUCACCAUUAUCUUCUGUAUCCUCGGCUUUGCUUACAAGAGCCUGUCACAGGGGGGUUUGCUUGCGCUCUAUAUUGUAGGCCAGUUUCUCUUCAAUGCUGGCCCUAACACGACCACUUUCAUCGUUCCUGGCGAAUGUUUCCCUACCCGAUAUCGAUCGACCGGCCAUGGCAUCUCGGCUGCCAUGGGUAAAAUAGGCGCAAUUAUUGCGCAGGGCAUCAGCAUCCCUAUGGUGCGACAGGGAUCCCCCGAGAGUUGUAAAGGCACCGAUUGUUCACCAAACAUGCACCGACUGCUCCAACUCUUUGCCCUUUUCAUGUUGUUUGGUACUUUGGUGUCCUUGUUGAUUCCUGAGACCAAGGGCAUGACUUUGGAGGAGCUUUCUGGAGAACCCCGCACAAGCUACAAUUCUGGAUGCAAUGGUAGUAUCAGUCUUGGGUCACCAAAGCUCAGGGCUUGGAACCCCUUUGUCGGUGGUCAACCCGCAGGAUUCUCGUAUCCUAGAUCCAGAAUGAGUCACUUCCGAAAGAGUGACCGUGUUGGUAUCAUGACCUCACCGGAACUCAUGGCGGAGACAUCCCGACUUCGAAAACCUCGCAUCUGGAGAAGACACCGCAAGGCCAAGUCGAGCAGCGGUACAGAUAUCGCUUUGAGUACUCGAAGCUCUGGUACAGGAGAGGAUGAAAUCUUCCCAGCAGGCCCCCCUGCAUCUUCAUCUACUCCUCCACAGCCACCGCCUACUUGGGGAGCUGGCUGGGGACGGAUAGACAGAGGAGGACCUCCUCCGCUGUUGAACUCGGUCCAACUACAGGAUGUUGGCAGUCUCUUGACGAAAUGAUCUGGAUUGACAAAAUCGGUGUUGUUCGCAUGAUUCGCAUAUCUCUGGCGUUGGUGGAAUAAUGAAAUUUAGACUAUGAUACCUUAGAUGUUUGUUUUUGCAUAGUUGUCGAGUUGAUUAUCGACAUUUGGAGGCUUGGGAGCAGAAGUGCUUCGCAACUUGUACGAAUGAGUAACGAAUACAAAGAAUCCCCAAUUUAUGAGUUGCAGAC